GUUGUGCGCACGCGUGCGGAAAACUUUAGAAGGAGUUAGUGUAAGGUGCUCGUUCUUUCGCCCGUGUCGGGCUAAAAAAUACUGUUACAUAACAGCUUAAACCAAUCAGAUGCAAUGAAUCACACGUAUUGAUAAGAACUGUCAUGGCCGUUUAGUGGAAGUUGACACAAACAAUCUUUUCAUGUUGAAAGCGACAUGGAUCCGAUGUUUCACAUUGAUCUGGAUCCAGAUUUAAUCGAUCAAUGUGAAGAAAUCCGAGCAAUCGCUUCAAAGAAAUGGACAAAUGCAAGCAGUGUGUCGCUGGCUAAAUUAGAUCAAAUUAAAACUAAAGUCUAUAAUAUAGGUUUGAGUGAUACUAAAGCUAUAAAAGCACAUCCAAUUACCAAUCUAAAUAGCCACAGAAUUAACACCAUUGAUCUUAAUGAACUGAAAACAGAACCACCAUUAUCAACUGUAUCCUAUCAAAAAACAGCAUGGGGAAGUAACUCAUCAAUACCAGAAUUACUAAGACAACAGGCCCUGAGAUCUAGGCCUGUUAGUGCUAAUGUGCCUUCUCGAACACGACCAUGGAGUGGUAAAAAGUCUCGUCCCAAGAGUGCUGUUAAUCUGAAACCCCCUCUUCCAUCAGGCCGACCAGAAGUUGAUAUUAAAGUAAAAGGAUCAAAGUUUGAUCCAGAAACAAGAAAACAGAUAUUGCCUGUUGUAUCGGUAGAAGGAUGGACAGAGUCAUCUAGUAAUGAUGGUACAGUCCCACCCCAUGAUGACAGUGAUCAACAUGAUGAUAAAGACAGUCCAAAUGGUCUUUCCGAUGACGAGGAACCAAAUGAUGACAUAAAGAAGACAAACACUAAACAGUCACCGCCAUUGUUACUAAGGAGGCCAACCCCAGAAGCUUUACAUCUGCAAUUACCUACUGUUGAUAAUGAUGAUGAUGAUGACGAUGAGGAUGAACUUGAUACCGAUAGGUUACUUGAAAGGGCUGCAAUCAAUUCCCACAGAAACAGUUCAUUAACUCUUCAGUUUCUGCAAGGAUCUUUGGAAUCUUUACAUUCUCUAGCAACCACUGAAGAUCCAAAGAAUUUUUCAGAUCUUGAUGAAUUGAGAGCCAAUCUAAGAUCAGAAGUGAUUGAAAAGGUUGUCUGUGAAGAUGGAGAAGGUGGAUUAUCAGGAAUAUCCAGUCACACUGACGAUAAUAAUUCCAAUAUGGAACCAGCGAGAAGUCCUAGUGUAUUAAUACGAGAAGACAGAAAUAUGAUUUUUGACAUAUCACCGAGGCUAACAGAUAAUAAUUCCAGACCGGUUUCUGCCUCCAGAAAACGACCAGACUAUAAACAUGUCCAAAGUCGAAUCAAUUCGGGAAUAGAUAAAUCCCUCCUUCAUUCAAGGAAGUCCUGUCUUAAACAGACAUCUAAUGAAAGUCUUGAAAGCUCAGAUCCUCUACCGAUAUCUGUAUCCAAAAUUUCAUGUAAUCCUUCAAAGACAGUUUCCAUGGUUACAAAAGAAAGUAGUGCAAAAGAAAUGCCUUUCACUCAAAACAAAGAUGGAGAAAAAAGAAGUUCUGCCCUUCAAAGAUCUCGACCAAGAUCUGCUCUGAGAAGCAAGCCACAAAGUGACUUGUCACCGAGUAGGCUUAUUCAGGAGCAGAAACCGGUUGCUGUAGUUACCGUGGACUAUGGUGAAGAAAGAACAAGUACGAUUAACAAUAGUAGCAAAACCGUCGCAUCCGAAUUAUUAUCGGGAAAAGAAAGUUCACCAAGUGUUCUUCUAAAUACCCCAGAGAACAAAAUGAGAGUUCGACCAACGUCAGCCAAAAGUGUUAAUUAUUAUGAGCAGGCAGUGAAACAGAAAGAAGACAUCAAUAUGGUUUACAAGACAACAAAAACUUUUGAGUUUGGUCCAGACGGGCCGAAAGAAGCCAGUAUUCGUUCGGCUAUUGAUGGUCAACUGUUGAAACCUACAGAACCAUUAGCUGUAUCUGAUGAACAGUUAAAGAGAUCACGACAGUCUCGUCCACCAAGUGUUCGGAGACCUGUGAAGCCAAAACCCUCGUCACCACAAGUAGAAGUAGAAACACCAUCAACAGAAGAUCUUCUUCAAUCAUUGACAACUCAUAUACAAGUCAGCAUUAAAACACCAAGUUCUAUAAGAGAUAAAACACAGGCAACACCUAUCACAUCUACAGCUGUUAGUAAAGUCAAAAAUACCAGUCCAAAAGUUGCCUUCUUUAAAACAACAAGUUCCACAACUAAACCAACUACAGUAAAAUUAGAAAAUGAGAUUUCUAAUGUUCCAGUGUCAAAACCUGCUCAGACGACUAAGACGUCAGUGCCAUUGUUAUAUAGUAGAAGUAUUUCCGCCAAACAAGAGAAGACACCACCUAUAUUAACUGAUGUUAAUUAUAUCACAUCUAGAAAUCGUAAAGAGGAUGUAAUAACUGAGGAAAGAAGUGCUUGUCAAGAUUUAACUGAUAGACUGGCUCAAAGUGGAGUAAAUGUUGCUCCUGAAACAUUAGAAAGAGCUCUGUAUCCGCCCAAUGGUAGAACAUUAUAUUAUGAUGUACCAGGAUAUUUACCACAGUCAUCUAGUACCAAUUUGUUGAGUCAUCCUAAAGUUUGGAUCCCAGAACAAUACAAAAGAUUUAAAGAAGCAGAAAAACAAUUAGAGAGAGCAGAACAUAUAAUGUGGCUUCAGAAGAAACAGGAAGAACGUGAUCAGAAAGCUGCCAGUGGUAAACCGGUGUCUGCUAAAAAACGCAAGAAAAGGGGUAAAAAACUGUUUAAAAGGAGUCAGACAUUUAGUUAGAAAUUAUUUAUUUAAUUUAGUGUACGAUAAAGUCAGUUAGUUAAAAUAACAAUCUGGUUAAAAUACAGAUCCAAAUUUUGUUUUUUUUGGUUUUUUUAUACUUUUGAUGGCGCCUGCACUACAUGGUGAUCUGACCAGUUGUACUGGAAGGUCGCAUCAGAGGUCGUACAAGUGACUUUUGACCCUAUGACGUCAGUCAUUUGAUUAACAAAUCAGCGUUGACGAUUCUAGUGGGUUACCCACAAUUCCGUGCACCUCACUACAAAAACUUGCCGUAACAGACCGUUUCAUUGGCUAAUCCCUCACAUCAUCAAGAAGGCGGGUUAUAUAACAACUCUUCUAGACCGUAGUGUAGUAAAGACAAGUAAAACUAUGUUUUGAACUAUAAAAAAAUGAAACGAAAUAGGAUCUGUGUUUUAAUCAUAUUGUUAAAAUACCUGCUGAUGAGAAGUUUAUAUGCUAUAUGUAGUGCUAUAUGAAAUUUUAGUAACAGGGGCGGAUCCAGAGGGGGGGUUUGGGGGGUCCAAACCCCACCCUGCUCAGCUACAUAAAAUAAAAUGAAUGCCUUGCAUCAAUGAAAUUAAAUCACAACGUGUCCCGUCAUCAUUACAAAAAUGAUUUCUCUCUUUAAAAAGCUCAAUUUGUAUGUAUGCCUAUGUAAUUUAGAGACGAUGAUGACGGAUUUCUUUAACAGGAACCUGGCAAACCCCCUCCUGCAAAAAUUCCUGGAUCCGCCCCUGAGUAACAAUGUUACAUAUUAUCAUCAAAGAUUCAUUAUGUAAGAUUUAGAUAGAGCUGACCCUUCUUGCUAUAAUAGUUCCAAAAUAGAUAAUGAAUUAUAGAUAUGUUCGGUCAAAUUACAUUACUCGUAGCUAAGUUAUGAAUGUUUGAAGUUUUGACUAAUCACAUAAAUGGUCUUGAUUGUCAAGUACCUACAAUAAUAAACAAAAUCUUGAUUUUCCAUUUUAACUUUUAACGAAGAUAUGUCUGACAUUGUCUAAUCCAUUCAAUAUCUUGGUCAUCUGAUGAUCUAGAGAGUUGAUUAUGGUCUGGAUAAAUUAAUUAAUGUCUAAAUAAUAAUUUAUAUAGCAUUUGAAGUCACAAAAAAAGACCUGCAAUAGGCAGAUUUAGCUCUUACAAAUGCGUCAAUAAAGCUGAACUCCGAUUACAAAACUAUGGAAAUAAUUAAACAGUCCUCUACUUGUUUUCAAUUUGUAGAACAAACAUGGCGACUGAUGAAGGGUAUAAGAAGAUGGGCAAACCAUGCCCACAUCCAGUAUUUGCCUUGUUAAGGACAGUGUGCACAUCCGGCUUGCUAUAUUUCAACUACCACACACUCGACUGGUUGAGGGGUAUUUUUUUUUCACUAUCAGCUUAUUGAAAAUAUAGUUUUGUAAUCUGAGUUCAGCUUUAAGAUACCUGCUGAUGAAGUUUGUGCCAUAAAUAUUUUAUUUCAGUAAUAAUGCUACAUAUCAUUUUAUUAAUCUAUAAAGUGUCUGAACAUAAUAACACAAAAUACAAUUUUAUGGCUACACAAUUACUGAGUUUUAUGGGGGAUCCCGGUGGCUAAGUGGGUAAGGCGCUGGCUCGCUAGCCUGGAGGUCGGGUGUUCGAUCCCUGCAUUGGCCGAGAAAGUUCAUCCAGAUUUUCCAGCUUGAUUCCCCCUUGUCAGUGAUGCAGGAAGGAGGGCCUGACAAGGACAGCUGUCUAGUCUUCAUUUUGGGAUGAAAACCGAAGUCCUGUGUAUACAUUGGCAUGCACGUAGUGCCGCUGUCCGGGCAAAAUUUCCCUCAUUAGCCCAGUUCGGAGCAAAACAGUAGGACGUUAAACCCCAUUUCAUUUCAUUUCAUUUCAGUGAGUUUAAUACUAAGGGACCUAUCCAUAAAAUUGUACCUUGUGUUAAUAUGUUCAAUUACUAAAUGCCAAUCAAUGGUUGUGAGUUUUGGCAUAGUAAUUGAUAUUUUUAUUCAGCUUUAUAUUUUGUAGAAAAAAGUAUAAUUUUUAAACCUGCAGAUUUAUAUUUACGCAUGAUAUGAUUUUUAUGAAUGAGUUUUUUUAUGCUCAGAAGAUACGUUUGGUAAGAUUUAUAAUGUUUUAUUGUUGAGAAAUAUUAUAUUUUACAAAUUUAU